AGCCACACCCAACCAGUACACAGCGUACUAGUCUCUGAACAAUUUGUGCUUAACUAAAUUGUGUUUUGUGUAAUACUAUAAGUGCUCAGCAAUGGAGGUGAAAAGAAAUAAAGAUGCAAUUAAUCAUAUCCAAGUUGCAUUGGGCUAUGAAGGUUCAUUAAGUACGGAUGAAGAAGUGCACUCAUUAACUAAAUUAGAUGAAUCUGACACUGAAUACCAGUCAAUUGCAACAAGAAUAAGAUUAGUUAAGCCUACUAUUGGCGAUGUUGUUGUGACGUCGAUAGAGAAGGUCUUCAAUCCCUAUACGCUUGCACUUUACAACUUGAAGAAAUCCGAAAUGGAUGGAUUCGAAUGCGAACUGUGGCACGGAACCAAGGAAUCCAAUGUCGAUCUAAUUUGCAAGAACAAUUUGAACUACAGAUUAGUGAGACAGUACAAGUUCGGCAAAGGCGUCUCGUUCUCAAAAUAUUUUUCGUACGCGUUCCACUACAGCGUUUCAAAUAGACCAAUGUUCAAUAUGGAAUAUUGCGUAUUCCUCUGCAAAGUUAUAAAGAAUAGAUGUCAUAUUGGUAGACAAGGAUUAAUAUAUCCAAUUAUUGGAUACGAUUCGACGAUGAAAUCCGAUGAAGAUGUGAUUGUCAAGUACGAUGAUGACACUUUCUACCCGAUGUACAAAAUAGGCUUCACCAUAAAGCGUAGGAAUUGUCCAUGAGAUAAUU